GUGACGAGCUCAAACUUCAAGAACUUGGAAGAAUACAGAACUUCAAAACACCAGCGCAAAUUGCAAGGCCUCAAAGACAGCCAAUGAACAACAGUUUACAAUUAACAUGUAUAUUUGCUAGGGAGUCAACUGUGGUAUGAUUUUCUUUGAAUAUGAAAAUCAACUCAGGAGCUAUAUACAUAUAAAUAGAAUCUUUGAUCAACAAGAAAGAAUCAAGAAGCCAAAAGGGUCAUCAGGGAGAUGAAGAGAAGAAGAGAGUUAGAGAUGGGGUCAGAGAUAAGGUCUGCCAUUGAUGAGCUAUCCAUGGUGGUUCUCAAAGUCAAACCUGCUGGUGGUCCUGAGCAACAUAAUACUUGUGCCUAUAUCCCCACAAAGCCUUUUCUCUCAGUCUGCAACUUACUUCUUCAAGUUCUUGAUAAGAUAGGGCCAACAAUGGCUGUUUUGAGACAGGAUGUACAUCAGAACAUCCAGAGAUUGGAGAAGUUCUAUGAGUCCGAGCCUUCUGUGUAUUCAAAUGUGGUGGAGAUAUUGAGUGAAGAAGCCAAAGAAGGCAAGGCCAAAAAGGGUCCCAGCUGCAGCAAAGCCUUUGUUUGGUUGACCCGAUCCUUAGAUUUUACUGUAACUUUGCUGCAAUUGUUGGUGGAGGAUUUUGGUAGGGAUAUGGAGCAAGCAGUGGAUGAAGCAUAUAAUAUCACUCUGAAGCCAUGGCAUGGAUGGAUUUCCUCAGCUGCAUACAAAGUAGCACUUAAACUAGUGCCUGACACCAAAGAUUUUAUCACAAUUCUCAUGGCGGAAGAUGAAAAUCAGGACAUGCUUAAAGAAGAAAUACGUACCUUGAUUUCAUUAUUUCUUCCAGUUUUAGAAGGAAUACGUACCAUUCUGAAAACAUUCGGAUUGGAUAGGUUAAAGUGUACCUGAAGCAAAGCAUGAGGAAAUGGAAACUAUUGUACAGGGGGUUCUGUUCUGUGACUUCAUUUUGCUCUUCAAUGUACAUAUGUAGCUUACUUCUGUAACUUCUUCUGUAAAAUUGAGUCCAUAAUCAGGCUAUGCCCUGUGUGGCUGACAUGCGUGAAUUAAUCAGGUUCUCCAGUUUGUUGAGAAAUGAAUGUAAUUUCAAGUUGAUUAGAUUAA